AUGGGAAAGCAAUUGAACUUAGGGCAAGACAUCUUUGAAGAAAAACGUGAUCUUGAACAAUGGGUAGAGGGGUGUAAUGAUGCUUCUAAUUUUUCAGCUUUCAUGAAGCUUAAGAGGAUGUUUGCUGAUGUUCUGUCGUCAUUCUUAAAUGGUUUCAGUACAAAGCAUGCUUCCCUGCCCAUUCCGCCAUUGUUGGAAGAUGGGAAUGAGGUAGAUUUGUUUAAGCUUUUCUUAGUUGUGAGAGGAGAAGGUGGGUAUGAACAAAUUUCAGAAAAGAAUUCUUGGAGUGAGGCUGCUGGAGAAUGUGUUUUAGGUGAUCAAAUGGGGGAUUAUGUGAAAUUGGUGUAUGAGGAGUACUUAGUCAACUUCAAUAAGUGGUUAGAAGGAGACUUUAUCGAAGUGAAUUUAUUUGAUGAAGAGUUUAACCAACUUUCGCAAGAACUGAAGAGGGGCAUUCAAGGUUUAGUUGUUAGGAAACAAGACCCGAUCAUUAAGGAUAAAGACGAAGUUGAUUCGAGUGAGAGGAGACGUGAUCCUCAAUCUUUGUCGAAAAUGCUGGAAUGGGUGUUAAUGGCUGCGAGGAAAAUAGAUAGUCCUAAGAUUGGGAGAAUUCCUCCACCCUCACAAUGGAAGGAUUAUAGUCUCGAUAAAUUAUGGUUGCAAGCAUUGUCAGCAAGAGAAUCGUUGGUGACUAAAAGGCUUGUUCGACAUAACAUAAAGCAAACUAUAUUCCAGAAGAAGGUGAAAGUAAAUUCUUCUAUGUACGAAGAUUUUACGGAUCUCAAUCAACGGUUAAAAGAGAAGUAUAAUUGUAGCGAUAGAUUGUUUUCUUUCCCCGAGUGCCAUAUAUUUGCAUGUGACUAUCCAUGCACAUCAUCUCACGGCAGAGUUAUUAAUCACGUCGAGGCGUCUAAAAAGAGUUUUCAAAAGCUUAGAAGGACAAGGACAUAUCCUACUAAAAAGGAAGAUACUCCUAAAAUGAUUAAUUUGAAAGACCAAGGUAAGCGUAUCGGCCCGCUCUAUCAAGCUCAAAUUUUCGAGUGGACUGAAUGCACCAACUCUGAUAACACAUCCGACCCAAAAUGGCUAGGCAACACAUAUUGUGUGCCUGAAGUUGAAUUUGAUACUUAUUAUGCUGUUGGUAAAGGGAGGGGUCAUGAAAUAUGUGAAUGCGAACAACCAGGUUCAAUUUUCUGCACCAAGUUUCACAUUGCGGAGAAGAGGGUGGAACUAAAACGCCAAAUUGGCUCAUUGUUCUAUGAUUGGAAAUUUGAUAGAAUGGGUGAGGAUGUUUCGCUUUCUUGGACAAGAAUGCAAGAACAAAAUUUCAACAAUAUAGUAAAACGGAGUAAUUCAUUAACUAAGAAAUUCACGUUAAAGUUAUUUCCAAACAAAACUUGGGAAAACGUGGUAAGUUAUUAUUUUAACGUGUUCAUUCUUCGUAGUAGAAGAUUUCAGAAUCAAAUUACUUCGAAUGUGGAAGAAUUGGACAGCGACGAUGAAGGAAAAUAUGACAGCACUAUAUUUGAUGAUGGAAACAUGGAGUCACUAGAUUUUACCUUAUUUGAUAUGCCUUGA